GCAAACCCCACCCGCCUCCCCUCUCCCGUGUGGUGCCUCGCCUGCUCGCCCUGUGGUCCGCAGCCACGCCGGCCAAGUGGCCGGAAUCCAAACCGGGCCCCGCUGCGAUUGCCCGGCCAAUACCUCUCAAAAACACAGCCGUCCCUGUUGUCUCAGCGUGCCAGCCGCCGCACGCACGCACGCGCGCGCGGAGCGCCGGGUCUCCCUGCUGUCCCCGGCUGUCCACGCGGAGCGUUCGCUGAUGGGCGCUUCACUGUAUGUCGGUUCCACCCGAAGCCUAUAAAUUCACCACCGCCCCGCUCCUCGCCGCCAAUGUCCUCCCCUUCCCGGCGCGCUUGCACCCCGCACCCAUCGUAUGCAGCCAUGGACGGCGCCCAUGCCGACGCGAAUACCCCCAACGCGCCCUACGCCGCCGCCGCCGGCUCCUCAAUGGAGGCCGCCGCGCUGCUGCUAGAGCCCAAGCUCGAGGACGAGGCGACGCUGCAACUAUCGUCCACUGGCCCCUUGGUGCCCCUGGACCAGCUGAUGCCGGGGCCGGGGCCGGGGCCGGCGGUGGCGGUGCCGGCCGAGCCGCCGCGGCCGCGGCCGCUGGAGGCGCUGCUGCAGGGCCCGCAGCUGCCGCCCUUCCUGUCCAAGACGUACGACCUGGUGAGCGAGCCGGCGCUGGACGGGGUCAUCUCCUGGGGCGCCGCCGGGAACAGCUUCGUGGUCUGGAACCCCUCCACCUUCGCGCGCGACGUGCUGCCGCACCACUUCAAGCACAACAACUUCUCCAGCUUCGUCAGGCAGCUCAACACCUAUGGUUUCCGUAAAGUUCAUGCUGACAGAUGGGAGUUUGCUCAUGAGGAUUUCCUGCGAGAUAGCAAGCAUCUGUUGAAGAGGAUUGUCAGGCGCAGGUCCUCCCCAAUGCAACAGAGCAGCAUUCAGCCUAGCUCUUCUUCUGGAGAAUCCUGCCUGGACCCUGAGCUCCACACGCUGAGAAGAGAGAAGAACGCAUUGCUUGAGGAGGUGGCCGGGCUAAAACAGGAGCAUCGUCAGACAAUUGAGCACAUGAGCACGCUGAAUAACAGGCUGGAAUCAGCAGAUGACCGGCAGAAGCAGAUGAUCUCUUUCCUGGCUAAGCUCGUUCAGAACCUGAGUUUCGUGAGGCAACUGAAGCUGCACAGGGAGCAGAAGGAGAUCGACUCCACAAGGGUGAAAAGAAAGUUUCUGAAGCAUGUACCACAUGGCAGCAUAGACUCAGGUGAGUUCAGCUCACAGCAUACCGGAGAGAGUGGUUCGUAUUUUCCUGCAAGUUCCCCUAUGGCUACAAGCGUGCACGACGACAUUGCAGACUUUCAGAAUUUUCUUUUGGAAGAUGACGACUUCAACUGUGGUAUGCAUCCAGACAACAUUGGGCUUGAAGGAGUCGAUGCACUGGUUCAGGGGUUUGACACACAAGAGGAACUUGAGCUUGGCAGUGGAGCUGAGCUACUUGAGAUGCCUCCAGCUUCUGGUCCGCUUGGCCAAGAUCCCACAAUUGUCUGGUCCACGGGAAAGAAUGUGCUGUUUCCAGGAUUGGAUGCUACCUCUUCUGAAGCCGACUGCCUAGGAUCGUUAUCCGACAAUAUGGGGGUGUUUCCAGGCACCAUAUUACAGACAACAGGCAAGAUGAUGAGCGCUGAUGAUGAGCAAAUGUGGGGUGUGGAUGUUUCAUCAGCUUUGCAAAGCUCUGGCAGUGGCACUUGUCAACAAGCCUUCAGUAGCCUCACUAGCGAUACCUAUCUAAUGGACAUGACCAACAAGCUUGAGAAAUUCUGGGACCUUGAUUUCCAGGCACUGGAUGAGGGAGAUCUGCAGCUGGACAAGUGUGCUAUUGACGACCCUAGUCUUCAGCAGUAACAGCAACGAAAUAUGAAGAAACCGUAGAUCAAUUACCGUGUGAGAGAAUAGGGUGUGAUGCUUUAUCCACAUAAGUACUACAAUUAGCUAUGGACAUAGCUGUAGUUAUUUUGAUAUUUAGGAUGCUUCUGAACUCCUAGAUAUGUUCACUAUGGCACUAAGAAAUAGUAAUACGUUUUUGUUUCCCAUUCAUUCAUGCUAGCGUUUUUUAAUGGAAACUUAUAUCCUAUGAUUUGUUCAGAGCAGCUGAUAACUGCUCCGGCUGA